AUGCUUGUGAUUGCUGUGUUUGUGGUGUGCGCUACAAUUGCUGCGGGAGCUCCAAUCGAAGCGGAAAACAGCGAUUUACUCAGCUACGAGAAUGUGCAAACCGACAAUGGAUACCGGUUCUCAUACGAAACUAAAGAUGGGCAAGCACGUGAAGAGGUUGGUACGUUUGAUCCCAGUACAGGAGCAAUGUCUGUUACCGGAUGGUACAGCUACCGCACACCAGAUGGCACCGAGUAUCGAGUCGAUUUCAUAGCAGAUGAAAAUGGCUACCGAGUUACUAAGGACCCUGAUGAAAUUGAUCCAGACUUCAUGCCCCAUGUUGAGGCAGCUCCUAUUAAUAAUGCGCUGCUGCUUUCACUCGUUGGUUAA